AUGUCGACAAAGCAAGGUAGGGAAAGUGGAAGUACUAGUGUGAAGAAAGAAGAGAAAAAGGUCAAAUCUGAGUCGGCCUCAACUCAUGUUACUCUGAGAUUCAAAGGCCAGAUAUACGAGGAGGAAGUUAGAGUUUUUAGGAUGAGAAGGAACGUCGAGAUGCGUAAAGUUAUGAAACGGUACGGUGAGACGAGAGGAGUGAAGUGGACCACGUUUGUUUUCAUAUUGAAGGAUGGCACGAGGAUUCGAGAGUCUCAUACACCUGAUGAGCUGGAGCUCAAGGAUGGAGCUAAAAUCGACGCAAUGCUGCAUCAUGAGGGAGGCGGUUACGGUCCAUCUUCUAUAACAUUUUGA